GCGGAUUGGCCAAACCCGGAAGUGAAGAUGGCGACCGCCUACGAAAGGUUCAAUCUGCAUGCAACACCUGAGAAGUUUUACAUUGAGGCUUGUGAUGAUGGUGCAAAUGAUGUGCUGGUUAUUGAUCGGGUGUCCACCGAGAUGACACUCGCAGGUUUGAGGGACAUACCCGCAUCUGGCGUAACCAGGCCAAUAUGUGGAAUCAUGGGAACUAUACGUCUGGUGGCCGGUAUGUACCUCAUUGUCAUCACCAGGAAAAGGAAAGUGGGCGACCUUUUUGGCCACACUGUGUGGAAAGCGCUGGAGUUUGAUGUGAUUUCUUAUAAGAAGACCAUUUUACACCUAACAGAUAUUCAGAUGCAAGACAACAAGACGUUUCUGGCUAUGAUUAACAACGUGCUCAACACUGACGGCUUCUACUUCUGCACAGACUAUGACCUGACCCACACCCAACAACGACUGUCCAACACCAGCCCGGACUUUCAGGAGAUGAGUUUGAUGGAGAGGGCAGAUCAGAGGUUUAUGUGGAAUGGAAACCUUUUGAGAGAAAUCAUUGCACAGCCCGAGCUCCACAAAUUUGCAUUUCCUGUCAUCCAUGGAUUUAUUGUAAUGAAGCCAUGCUGCAUCAAUGGAAAGGUCUUUGAAUGGAUCCUCAUCUCUAGACGGAGCUGUUUCAGAGCUGGCGUGCGAUAUUACGUCAGAGGAAUUGACUCGGAGGGACAUGCUGCUAACUUUGUCGAGACCGAACAGAUAGUCCAUUUCAAUAAUGCCAGGGCGUCCUUUGUGCAGACACGAGGCUCAAUGCCCUUCUACUGGUCACAGAGACCCAACCUGAAGUACAAACCCAAGCCGCAGAUACGCACCGACACCAAUCACAUGGAUGGAUUCAGGAGACAUUUUGAGUCCCAGGUUCUCAUUUAUGGAAAGCAAGUGAUUCUGAAUUUGGUGAAUCAGAAGGGAUCUGAAUUGCCUCUUGAACAGGCCUUCGCCAAAAUGGCCAACGGCAUGGAAAACGGACUGAUCAAGUACAUAGCCUAUGACUUCCACAAAGAAUGCAGUAAGAUGAGAUGGCAUCGCCUCCAGAUUUUAGUUGAUGCUGUUGCCGAUAUGCAAGAUGAAUUUGGGUACUUCAUGCUGAAUUCAGAUGGGAAGGUGGUAUCGGAGCAGUCGGGAACGUUUCGCAGUAACUGUAUGGACUGCUUAGACCGUACCAAUGUCAUUCAGAGCCUGCUGGCCAGGCGUUCUCUGCAAAACCAACUACAGAGGAUGGGUGUCCUCCACGUGGGCCAGAAGAUCGAGGAACAGGCUGAUUUCGAGAAAAUCUAUAAGAACGCGUGGGCGGACAACGCCAAUGCCUGUGCUAAACAGUAUGCGGGAACGGGAGCCCUCAAAACCGACUUCACCAGAACCGGGAGGAGAACUCAUUGGGGCUUAGUAAUGGACGGCUGGAACUCGAUGAUCCGCUACUACAAGAACAAUUUCUCAGACGGGUUCAGACAAGACUCUAUUGAUCUCUUUCUUGGAAACUAUACGGUGGAUGAAACCGAUGCUGGGCUGCAGGCACUGCAUGCGCAGAAGGACUGGAAGUUCCUCAUGCUUCCUGUUAUUAUGGUGGUGGCUUUCUCCAUGUGCAUCAUCUGUCUCCUAAUGGCUGGUGACACUUGGACGGAGACCCUGGCAUAUGUGUUAUUCUGGGGCACGGCGAGCGCUCUCACAGCCGCUGUCGUUAUAGUCAACGGACGAGAAUUUGUGGACGCUCCCAAACUGGUCCAGAAAGAGAAGAUGGAUUGAAUGAGAAAACCUCUUCCCUCUUCUGCUCUUCAUUUUUCCUCUCAAAUGCAUCAGGCUUGGAGUUUAUACUGACUGCACACUACAAAUUCCCUUUGAAUCAUGUGACAUGGUGCCUAAACUUCAUGACAAUACCUUAAAUUUUACUUAAGUUAAGUGGUGUCAGUUCACAAUUGCACAUGGGUUUGCACACGAUCUCUGACCAGUGUUGUGUCUAAAUUAACUAGUUGUAAUGUUAGCUAUUGUUAUUAUUGCAUCAUGCACACAUUGGCCCAGUCUACAUCACGUCUUAUUAAUAAAGAUUCACUUAGAUUGGUACACAAAUGAUGUUACAUUCCUCAUCUCGGCUCUUCAGAUUUGCCUUACCUUGGUUUAUUUUUUGUUGUUGCAGUGGCAGUUUGUGUUUCAAUGUAGUUACUUUUUGUUCAGCCAGCAAAUUUAUGGUUUUGUUCUGUGAUAAAUUCUGAGAUUGGACAGCUAGGGCCCGGCAAGAGGGAGGGAGGAGUUUUAAGCACCAUUUCUCUGUAAGUUUACAGACAGCACUUUUCUGUCUAGCCUCUUCAUGGACCGAUAAGCAUUAAAAGAAAGACAUAAACUCACACUUUAAUGGCUUUUUGACUUUUUUUCCCAAAGUUCUCAGUGCCGUGGCAGUUCAUUAGACAGAAAUAGACUUUGUUAAUGGCUUAUAUCAGAAUAUCUGUCAAUUUGACUUGCACUUAAUUCACGUAUCGUGUCAACUGUGAACGUAUUAGCAUCAUUCAGACAAGUGACUUUAUGAACAUAAUAUAUCAGAAGAAAAUGAAAUUACAAAGGCUCUUUAGGUUCACUUUAAUGAUGGGAUGUUUUAUUAUGGCUUACCUUUAACGCUAUCUAGCCUUUUUCCUAGUAACACAAUAAUCUGGGAUGGGAUUUUUUGCUAUGCGAUUGAGCACUUGAAUUCAUUUGAGGUCUUCCGUUUUAAUUUAUUAUUAUCUUUAAAAGUGGACUUUUGGUUUAAUCCGAUGUACACAAAGAAUGUAUUUUCUUAUGUAUCCUAUGUGUGUUUUAAUGAUCUUUAAGUGGGAUUCAAUAAAUAAACAAUUACUUUGUGUGCAAAGAUCAAUAAAAA